AUGACUAUACCAGUCGCCGCAACUCCUCAACCACAGCAACAAUCCCAGUAUCAGCGGCAACAAAAUUCUCCUCGUCGUAACUACAAUCUUCCGAGACAACCAAGACCUGAGAAGGUGUUUGAUCCUAUUCCUAUGUCUUAUUCUCAAGUUCUCCAACAUCUACUUAAACUCAAGUUGGUUAAUCUGAGAAAUAGGCUGGCUCCUUUUGAGAGGCUUCCUGCAAAUUACAAUCCUAAUGCUCGGUGCGAAUUUCAUUCUGGUGGUGUGGGUCAUGAUGUGGAGAAUUUAUUUGCGUUGAAGUAUGCAACACAAAAUUUGUUGGACUCAAAAUCGAUUCAGUUCACUCAAGAUAAUGGGCCCAAUUUACCAUUUGUUAAAGAGUAUUUGGUUAAGGAUGAUGUCUAUCCUGGUUGUGUUCCCGAAUGUAUCAAAUGCAAGAGUCAGCCAGAAGGUUGUGAUGAUCUGAAAGCAGGAAUUCAGAGUUUGAUUACCGAAGGGUUUUUACAGUUUGACAGAAUUGGGAAAGAUAAGAAGAUAGAAAAAUCUAGUGAGAAGGCAGUGACAUGGAAAUAUGGUUCUGAUGUUUACUAUCAUGGGAUUAAUGUUCCUCAGCAAAGAGCAGUGCCCAGUGCUUCUUCCUCCCAAGAAGUUGAAGAGUUGUUGAGGAUAAUUAGAAAAAGUGAUUAUAAAGUUGUGGAUCAUUUGAGUCAUACGCCGUCCAAGAUUUCAAUUUUGUACUUGCUAUUAUGUUCUGAGACCCAUAGAAAUGAUCUUGUGAAGUUGUUGUGUUACGCUUUUGUUCCUCAAGAUAUUACAAUUAAUCAGUUAGAAGGGGUUGUGGAUAGUAUAUCAGCAGAUAAUGGCUUGGGUUUCACAGAUGUUGAUCUCCCGCCUGAAGGGCGAAACCAUAAGAAAGCUCUGCACAUUUCCAUGGAAUGUAAAGGUACUACUUUAUCUUGUGUGCUGGUGGACACUUUAUCAUCUCUGAAUAUGCUACCAAAGUCGACUUUGAUGAAGAUAGACUAUGUGGGUGUUGAAUUACGUCCGAGUGACUUGAUAGUCAAAGCUUUUGAUGGAUAUCGAAGAGCAGUGUUUGGUGAAGUGGAUUUACCUGUUAAAAUUUAA